AUGUUGACCGUGACCAUCGCACGCAAUGCGACCGUGCUCGCACUGAAGAAGGCCAUUGUCAAUGAGACGAAGCUCGUCAACGAUCGCUUCAACGUUGACCCAGCUACUUUGCGGCUUUACCUGACACGAAAGAACUCCGAAUGGCUCACGUACAAUCCCCACGUGGAUGCCAUUUUACGAAAUGAUGCAGUGAAGUCGCCGCCACCAGCACCCAAGAAGAUCCAUGUGUUGAUCGAACUUCCUGCGGUUGGAGUGGGCAAUCCCAAUGCAGUGUCCAACACCGACAAACUGGAAGAACUGAUUAAACUGGCCAUCUACUAA